AUGAAGCCCCUUAGCGCGAAGAAGUUUGCCCAAAUGGCUUUGUUUGACGACGACGACGAUGAGAACGGCCCUAGAGCAAUUCCGCCAACAUACCGUGCCCCACUCCCGGUUCCAAGGAUCGUCAAGAAACAUAAGAAAUCCAAGCCUGAGGACUUUGUGGUCUGCGACGAUUCUUCGGAAGGCGAACCGGAGACGAACUGGGGAAAUCAACCACCUGCUUCUCCAAUAGGCAACGACGACAUCAUUCGCCACUUCCCCCAGUCCAAUGACCCAGAGGAGGACGAUGAACCAGAAGAGCCACACGACGUAACCAUGGAAUUCGUCAACCACGUUGAGAGAUUGGUGAAUGAUAGUACUGCCUCUUCUAACGAAGAACUAGCUGAAGACGGAAUUAUGGCUUCGGAAAGCUCUGCUCCAGCAAAGCACAAGAGAGGAACUAAUCGCCACGCAAUAACCACGGGCAUUAGAAAGCGCAAAUAUUCCUGGAAGGACGGAAGCGCCCCAAAACGCAGACUCGGCCAUGUCAAAUAUCCCGAAGGUCACAAAUUCGCGAAGUUCAACAAGGGCGCCAAGAAGGCUGCCAAGGUCAAGGCUCAAGAUAAGCCGAAAUCCAAAGCUGCUAAAGCAAGUGACGAUGAAGAUAGUGACGAAGAUGAUUGGGAGGUUGAGGGAGGGUUGGUGUGGGAUACCGAUAGUGAGGAGGAUGAGGAUGAGGACGAUACUCCCGAAAUGCACGUAGCCCCCAUCCUGGCUUAG